CUCCCUCCUCUGCGCUGUCAGCAGCUCUUUACACGGUUCGAGGUGGGCUGUCUCGCUCCGAACCAGCUCCGUCUUCACUUUCCCCCCCGUUUUCUCUCCUGGUUUUUAAGCUUUAGACUUUUUUUUUUUAAAUCGUUUGUUGUGGGGACCGUGUCGCGAAGACUUUCGGAAGGGGAAAGUUUUCUUCCAGCAGCAGUUGAAGAGCAGCCGAGGAGCGGGGUGAGAGAUGACCAGCUGAGGACUGGAAACCGUGGAGGGGGGAAAAAAACACACGGGGCCUGUUUCUGUAAUGAUUGAUCAACGCUGCCACAAUGGCGUCAAAGGCACAGGUUUUAUAUGACUUCACCGCUGAGCCUGGGAACAAUGAGCUGACAGUGAAAGAAGGCGAGACGAUCACAAUCACCAAUCAGAAUAUUGGAGGCGGAUGGAUCGAAGCGCAGAACUCGAGAGGAGAGGUUGGACUGGUGCCUGAAGACUACAUUGAGCUCAACAAGGAAUUUCCUGCCUUCCCGGGAGCCGUAACGACGGCGCCCCCUUCAAACACAGCAAACUUCACAUAUCCGGACCUCUCGGUCUUUGAUGCGUUUGCGCCUGCAGCAACACCUGCACAGAACCAGGUGGAUUCUGGGGCCUUGAGUCCCGUGCCAGACACCCCCGACUCCCCAGUUUCCCCCUUCUUCCCGUCCCCCGAGGAGGCUAGCAAUGGUAAUGAUCCCUGGUCAACGUGGAACGCAGACCCUUCGGGGGGCUCCAACAGCAACUGGCCGUCUAAUCCGGAGGGCACUCAGACUGGGAAGGGUGCCGCUGACCCCUGGGGUCCUGCAUCCCAGGGCCACCCUCAGGCUUACCAAGGUCCAGCCAAGGACAUCUACCCAUAUCCUUACCUUAUUGAUUACACAGGGGCAGAGUUUGACGAGUGGGACGAUGAAUGGGAUGAGACCAAGUCAACUAGCGGCUACUCAGAAUCUGGGGAAGCUGGUGGGCUGCAAAGAGGAGGAACACAAGCUUCUUCAAUGAAAAUAUCCCUUAAUAAAUUUCCUGGAUUCUCCAAAUCUGGUCCUGAGCUCUACCUUCUCUGCAAACAGAUUGCAAAAGGGAAAGAGAAGCUGCCAAUAUAUGUGGGCGAGGUUGGUCCAGUGUGGUCUUACCCUGAAGCCCAGAUAGACUGCAUCGUAGCCGAUCCCAAGAAAGGCUCCAAGAUGUACGGCCUCAAGAGCUACAUAGAGUACCAAAUCACACCCACUACAACCAACCGGCCUGUCAACCAUAGAUACAAGCACUUCGACUGGCUCUAUGAGAGACUGCUGGACAAAUUUGGGUCAGCCAUUCCCAUCCCUUCUUUACCAGACAAGCAGGUGACAGGUCGUUUUGAGGAGGAGUUUAUCAAGAUGCGCAUGGAGCGGUUGCAGGGCUGGAUGUCCAGGAUGUGCAGACACCCGGUUAUUUCUGGCAGUGACGUGUUUCAACUUUUCCUUACGUACAAAGAUGAGAAGGACUGGAAGACGGGUAAGAGAAAAGCGGAGAAAGACGAGACCGUCGGCGUGAUGAUCUUCACCACCAUCGAGCCCGAAGCUGCAGACCUGGACCCUUUAGAAGUGGAGCAGAAAUGCGAGCAGUUCAGCAAGUUCACCAAAGCCAUGGACGACAGCGUGAAGGAAAUCCUCACCGUGGGACACGAGCACUGGAAGAGAUGCACAGGACCUCUGCCCAAAGAAUACCAGAGAAUAGGAAAAGCCCUGCAGAACCUCUCCACUGUCUUCACCAGCAGCGGAUACCAAGGUGAGGCGACGCUAACCAACGCCUUGACGGCGGCGGGGCAGACGUACGAGGAGAUCGCCCAGCUGGUGGCAGAGCAGCCCAAGAAAGAUCUUCACUUCCUCAUGGAGACCAACAAUGAAUAUAAGGGCCUUCUUGGAUGCUUCCCAGAUACCAUUGGGGUCCAUAAGGCAGCUAUAGACAAGGUGAAGGAAGGGGACAAGCUGGUGGCUGCCAACAAAAUCACCACUCAGGAUAAAGUAACCAUGGCGAAACGUCUCAGCACCAUGUCUUACACUUUACAAGCUGAGAUGAACCACUUCCAUAACAACCGUAUCUACGACUACAACAGGGUCAUGCAGCAGUAUCUGGAGGAGCAAGUCAAGUUCUACGAGACGAUUGCUGCAAAGCUGAGACAAGCUCACGGUCAGUUCACUACAAUGUGAGCGCAGUGUCACACUACAAGACACGAGGUUGAACCAGAUCCUCCCAAAAAAACGCUUUUUUUUUUUUUUUUUUUUUUUGCUUGCGUCGCAUUCUUUACUCUCCCUAUAAUUUAAAAAAAAUCACUUCUGCAUUUCUUGUACUCUGACCCCAUCUCUCUUUCCUUUUACUGCCACUGCCAACAGCUCCAGCCUGUUUUGUUGCUCUCUCCCACCGGCGUAUGCACAGAUUAAUGAGGGCAGGAGCUGGAGAGCUUCAGUGUUUAGGUUUUUAGGCGAGGUAGAGUUGCCUGAUAGAAUGCAACACAACAUUUACAAAAGCCUUUUUCCCUCCGUCCAAGGUCCACAGCUUGUAACACAGGAUGUCGUCAUCCCAGCUGCACUUUGAGCAGCCCUGGAUUCUUUCAUUACAUUCAUUUAAACAACAUCGAUGGCAACUUUGCAAUCCGCAGCCGCGCACUGAUAUUCUGACUACAAAAACCAAAGCCGUCCUCUACUUUCACGAUCGCAUAUAAAAAAAGCUUUAUUGCUCAUUUCUCAGCCGACAGCAGGUCUCUUUUGAUGCAUUGCUCCUGCAUCAUGUUCAUCAGCUUUGUGAGCCAAAACAGAGGUGCAGCGAAGCCAAAGGCAGACUGUGCGUCCUCCGCUUUCCCACUGCUGGCAGUGCCUUACUCGAUUUUCAUCCUGCGCUUCCUCAAAAGCUAACAGGAAACUCCACCUUCUUCCUGCUUUGCACACAUUUUUUUUUUUUUUUUUUUUUUGCCCCCUUUUUGAGAAACUAGAGAUGCUGUUUGGACCUACUUUUUAUGCCUCACUUCACACACUGUCCAGAAACAAAAUGUGCAAUGAGAAAAAAAUAAAAACGAAACAAAUGGGUGGUUCAUUAUUCUUUUUUUAAUUCUUCUUCAGUGAUUGAGGCCUGAGUCACGUUUCAGUGUUGUGAUAUUGCAAAAUGAGUUUCCUCAUGUGUCCUCACUUGAAGAGAUUGUCACGUAUUAAAUUUGUCUUUCCUUGCUUUUCACGGUCAAGUUUCCAAUCAGCUUCUAAUCUUGUUCAUUCUUUGUACCUUUUGUCAUGUUAACAAAAUACAUAAAUAUAUAUAUUAUAUUUUGACCUGUCAGGUGUUUCUUGUCAUUAUACUUUAUGUAUAGAGGUUUUUGCUAUAUAGUGUCAUUGAAAGCACAGUAAAAAAAUUUGUUUGAUUUAUUAAACGAUGAUUUGUAUUCAUA